GUCAGUUCCGUCAGUCCACGCACGGCAAUGGCGGUGUCGUACUCUCUAUUUUGAAAGUUGAAUUUGUCCCGUAGCAACCCUAAAACAUCAUCAUGGAUAUCGCGAGCAUGCUUGAGGUUCAGGUGAACGAGGUCACUGAUGGCAAGGAGAUAGAACUCAAGGAAAAUGUGACACCCGGGGCUACAUUUUCGAGGGCCUCAUCGCCACCCCUGAAGCCCUACUCCCAGACAGAAAAUGACUUUUUUAAAAUGCUGUAUGGUGCAGAUGUGCCAGCCGUUCGAUUCUGCAGGAUUCAUUGUACAGCCUGUGAUAUUCAUAUCGGAUCUGCACCCUCACAAAUUACCAAUAUGUUCGAACAUCCAAAGUUAAGAACCCUUUUGUGUUUAAAGUGUUAUGAGUUUUACGGAGACGGUGAUUUCGAACAAGGAGACGAUCAGACGGACAUGUUUUGCAGAUGGUGUGCCAACGGCGGCAAUUUAUAUUGUUGCUCUCUUUGCAGUAACACAUUCUGUGCGAAGUGCAUCAAAAGGAAUUUUGAUGCUGUAGUAGCAAAGAAAAUAGAGGCGGAUGAAAACUGGAAGUGUUUCGUUUGCGAUGAAACUGACCUUUAUCCAGCAAGAUCACUCUGCCGGGCAAUAAUCCAGCAUGUUCAAACUGUAUCUAGAAUUCUUCAAAACGACAAGUCAAUGACGGCAGCUCAAAUCGACGAAAAGAUGAGCUUGGACGAGGCUCGGUGUUGCGUUCGCAAAAGGAAGCGUAAGCGACGAAGAACUGGUUCCUGCUCCGAGGACGAGGACGACGAGACCUAUAAUCCUGUACUCAGUGAAAUUCCGCAAGCAAAGAGACGCCGAACGCGGAAAAGCGGUGCUUUCCCGUCGAUCCACACUAACGGAUCUGUAAAUAAUACAUCAGACGAUGAGAGCUCACUUCUUGGUGGUGAUAACGAUUUACUUCCAGCAAUGCUUGCCUGCGAACAAACUAUGACCGAAGGGGAAACUGCACUACCUUUUGGACCACCUCCGCCUCCACUCCAGCGAGUCAAACCACCUCCUCUCGUUUAUACAAAUAAUACUAAAAUUAAUCCAAUUCCGACAGCAAAUCUGCUUAAGCCAGUUCAAGUGCGAAGAUUAACCCCAAUAGGUCAAUUAUCUCAAGCACCAAGGCCAAUGUUAGUACAUAAACGUCCGAAUCGACCAAUGGUGUCGAUACCUCAACCUAAACCUCACCCGAAACCUUCACCUCAGGUACCUCCCCAGCAAAAGCGUGCUAGAGUGCACUUACCCCAAUCGAGAUCCCAAAAUCGAUCUGACACUGGUUUCGGAGCCCCAAAAAUUAUCGAUCUAGACAGCGAUUCCGAUGAGGCUAUAGAAGUAAUCGCUGAAGCCAGUAAAUCCCCUGAGAAGAGUAAAACGCAGCAAGAUAAACAAGACGCCGAGUUGAGCGAAAUGAGGGACAAAUCUUUUGAACAGUUGAUUCUUGAUCAAAAGCAAGACAUCGACCUUGCACUUCAAACUCUCAGGAAGAAGUUCAGCACAAUUCUUUCCGUAUCGUCAGACGAGACUCAACGUAACUCGCGCAGGAAUGCAUCUUUGAAGAUGAGACAAUUCCAACAGGUUAUGCGGAAAGCGAUAUGCAGAUUAGCUCAGAUUAAUGAUAGAGUCGUUAGGGAAUAUCAAAGUUGGAAGAAACAUCAGCCUGCUGAGCGCAACGCAAACUCAGAAAGAACAAAGGUUGAUUUGCUUCCGACGAAAAAUCCAGACGUUGAUCUUGAGAUGAAGUGUAUUCGAGAUUCGGCUUCGGAAUCGGAAGGCGAAGAUGAAGAUAAAUCGGAGGAUACUAUACUGGAGGCCAGCAAUCUGGAAGCAGAUCAGCUAAAUUGUUACAGGAACCUGACACUCUUCAGGAAAAAAGUUACGUUCGAACAAGCCGUUGGAGAUGACAAGCCUUUUAAGGAAGAUAAAUCCGUUCAGGCUGACGAUGUACGCACCCGAGAUUAUGAAAAGUCAGUGGGAUACUCGCUCCUUAUGAAGGCCGAAUAUGACCCAAAAACUAAUAAGGAUGUCUUGAAACCUGUUGCUAUACCCAACGAUCACUUUGGAAAGUUCCAGGAACAGUACAUCUAUCACUUACAGCACAUCGAGGACAACGGAAUUAAGACUGACGAUGACGUGGAUGAUCUUCCGGAUCCAAACGAGACUCCACUUAAAGAUCUCAUCGAAGCAAACUCUCCUUUUAUUGCAGAGAUGUUGGAGAACAUCGCACCUACGGUAACGAAUGGAUCAUCCAGUGUGGAAAUAGAAAUGAUUUCCGAUGAAACGCCUCCAGUUGAGAAGAAUAUUUCAGAGGAGAUAUUUGAAGAUCAUCACGCUGAUCCAACGGUUGCGACUUGCAAGGCUGUAGAAGAACUUGUGAAAAUGGUUACAAAGCUUUCGGAUGAACUGAAGUCGAGUAAUAACUCACCGGAAAAUGACGCACUUAGUCCCGCUGAAAUAACUGAUAAGAGCGAAGACACUAGUAAAAAGGAGAAAACUAGGAUGAACGAUGAAUCGAAAGAUGAGGAGACUGUGCUUGCUGUUAGAACUCUUAUAGAAGAAGAGUCCAGCAGUUCUAACGAUGUAAGUGAACCACCUGACGCAGCACAAGCGGUGGAAGAUGGGUGUAGUUUUCUAAAUUAAUUACCGGAACGUAAGUCCCAAAUUAAUACAAAAGAAGAACAACUUGUAAUUUGUUGAUCUGUUACAGUGAUAGAGUUUAUUUACACCGUGAGCAGUUUCUUAUAAUUAACGGCUACUCAAGAAUUACUGUUAUAUGCAUAUUUCAGUAUCACUGCUGAUUUUGGAAAAAGUGAACCGUGGAUAUUCACGAAAGUAGAAUAACAUUACUAUUGUCUUUAUUAUGGACACAAACAUAUAAAGCUUGUUAAAAAUUUAUUUUGUAUAAUCCAAUAUUGUUUAUUUAUGAUUUUCGAGUAAAUUUCGUCGAUUAAUGCUUUCUUUUGCGCUUUUUGACGCAGGUAGUGAUACUGAAAUAUUUUAAUAAACAGGAUGAUUUUUUCCAUUGACAAGCGUUGCCGCGUCUGCUGCUGUAGUAGAAAGUUUGCAGUGUAAAUUGAUUUAUUAUAAUACAGAAUUAAAUAAU